AUGGCUGGCGUCCAAAUGAUCAUCAUGAUCAAUAAGAAAGAGGGCACGACAGACCUCGAAUUCUACAAGUAUUGGAACGAAGUGCAUGGACCCAUGUUCCUCGACAAGGUGCCCCUGGCUAGGAAAUACAUUUCCAAAUACGAACAGUACCACAUGAACGGCGCCGAACGGUCCGAAAUCGUCAAGCAAAUGGCCGACGCAGGCUCCGUCAGCGUGGACCGGUGCGACGGCGUCAGCGUCCUGUCCGCCGACUCGUUGGAAGAUCUGCAAAAGGUGCUGACGAGCAAGGAGUUUCUCGAGACGGUUAAUCCGGAUAACCACGUCUAUGCCGGUCAGAUCACGAGCGUGUUGUUGAGCGAGGGGGAGAAGGUGCUUAUGUAUGAGAGGGACGCUGAUGCUGCUGCUACUGGACCGAGAUAG